GAAAGAUUGCAAAAUUUGAAAAAUCUUAAAAUAUCUGAUUGUGAUUCAAUGGAAGUGAUAUUUUCAUUUGAGGGGCUGAUUCCCAAGGAAUGCCAUGCUACUACUGGAGUACUCAAUUCUAUGGAAGAGAUGCGUUUCCACAGGUUAUCAAAUUUGAAGCACGUAUGCUUUAAGAUUCCACCAGAAAUCAAAGCCUUCCAAAAGCUACAAAAGUUGGAAGUAGAAUCUUGUGACAAUUUAAUAAACCUUUUCUCACCUGGCUUGGCCAAACCUCUAGUGAAGCUACAACAAAUAGAGAUUACUAACUGCAAGAUGAUGGAGGAAAUUAUUGGAAAAGAGGAUGAAGAAAAACAAGAGGAAAGCAUGCAAAAAAUUGUGUUCCCUCAACUAAACUCUCUGACUUUUGGGAAUUUACCCAACUUCAAGGGUUUCUACAGUGGGAUUUAUGCUCUUGAAUUGCCAAAGAUACAGAAACUAACAAUAUUUGGUGAGAAAUGCACUGUGAAUGAAUCGGUGUUGACAAGAUUACUCAUCCGUCGCAAGAAUACUUUGAGAAGGAUAGAGGGUGGCCAACCAUCAGAUGGUGAUUUAAGUAAUGUACGUGUUUUGGAUGUUGAAAACUGUCAAGACUGGGUGAAUUUCAUUCCCUACAUUUUGAUAGAAUGUCUUCAAAAGUUGGAAAAGCUUUCUGUGCGCUACUGCGAUUCAUUGAUGGAGAUAUUCGAUUUUGAAGGAGUGAAUGCUGAUGAUGGAAAUGUUGUAACACUCUCUCACUUUGAAGAAGUCUGGCUAUGUCAUCUACCAAAACUUGUGCACAUAUUCAACAAAAUUCCAAAAAAUGUCAUUGGCUUUCAGAAGCUGAGAAAGCUAGAUGUCUAUGAUUGCAACAGUUUGAGAAAUAUAUUAUCAGUUGCUGUGGCUAAGUGUCUAGUACAACUCCAAGAACUAGACAUAGGGAGUUGCUAUAUGUUGGAGGAAAUAAUUGUUCCAAAAGAGGAUGAAAAAGAAGAAGAAGCAAGCAAGGACAUAAUUGUGUUCCCUAAACUAAAGUCUCUGACAUUUGAAUUGCUACCCAGUCUCAAGAGUUUCUGCAAUGGGAUUUAUGCCCUUGAAUUUCCAUUAUUAGAAAGUCUGAACUUUCGGAAAUGUAAUGGGAUGAAGACAUUCUCUUAUGGAUCAUUAAGUAUGCCAAAGUUAAAGGAACUUGAAAUAAAUUAUGAGAACCAUCAAUUAAUGGGAUCUCCAGAUCUUAAUUCAACAAUGAGUCACUUGUUCAAGGAAGUUGUUGCUAAUGAUGAAUCUGAUUCUCCGGAGUAUGAAGUAGAUGAAGUAGAUGAUGAGUCUGAUUCUUCCAAGCAUGAAGUGGAUGAAGUAGAUGAUGAGUCUGAUUCUUCCAGGCACGAAGUAGAUGGUGUAUCUGAUGUUAGGCAACUUUAAAUCCUUGAUGAUAUCAAAUUUCAGGCAGAAGAGCAAAAUGGCAUUCAAUUCUUAAGGAGAUUUAGAACUCUGGGGCUGCUGGAUCCUUGCUGUUGCGUUGGUUUCCUUGGACGCGUUUGUUGUUUCUUUGGGCUUCCAAUUCUUUGAUUUGGUGGUCUUUUUGAUCUUGCUGCUGUUGGUGUCUUCUUGCUCCUUUGUUAUUUGGAGUUUGCUGUUUCUUUGGGUUUGCUUUGCUGUCCUUGAUGUGCUGCUGCUCUUGGAACCUGCUGUCUGUUGAUAUUUAAUUUGGGAUUUUCGUACGAUGUGGAUAUAACUAUCGCUUGUUUGAUUAAGUUUCUUAUGUUAAGUUUGAUUUUAAAGGACUUUGGGGUGUCUCUUGGCCCUAA